UCGGUAGUGUUUCAGGCUUCCCACCUUUUUUAUGACAGUCAUCAAGCAGUAAUGCUUUUCUGCCACAUCCCCAGCUCUGCAAAAAAUAAUCUCUCUUCUGUAUCUGCUUUUUUCUUCUGCAGGUGCUCACCAUCUUGGGAUGCAUAUCGACUGUCUGUUUGGAGCUCCUCUUGAAUGAUAGCAGAAAGGGACUGAAGCAGAAAGGUGGUUUUCCUCUCCUAAAACCAUCAGGAUGUCUCAGCAGGGUCAGGCCUACCUACUGCCUUGAGCUGCUGUCCCUGACUUUUCUUUAACCUCGUGGGCAGAGUGAAGAGAAACAGCACUGUGUCCAGGAGGAACUGAACUCUGAAACAGUGGAGGUACUGCUCAAAAGCAGGUGGCCAGACCAUGGGUGACAUACAGAAGGCUCAACCUCAUCAGGAAAAGCCUGCGAGAGCUGACUUGCACCCGUUCAUCUCCAGAAGGCCCACUACAGGUACUCUGCAGGACUCUGAUGAAAGACCAGACUGCAAGCAGGAGCUGGAGAUGGAAAAUGAGGUGAAGCUGUCUUUUGUAAAGAGGCAGGGAAAGGGAGCUGUCAUGGCAGUGUGGGAUUGCGAAGGUGAUGGCACUCCAAUUGGCAAGGUGGUCCUUGCUGGGGACAGGCCAGACCCUCCAGUGUGUGGGAACAGCACCAUUUGGAUUCAGCAGGUGGGAGAGAAAACCUACGAGUGUCCCGAAUGUGGGAAGAACUUCAGCCGGAGCUCGUAUCUCAGCCAGCACCAGAGGAUCCACCUGGCAGAGAAACCCUUCAGCUGCUCUGAAUGUGGGAAGAGUUUCACCCGCAACUCAGACCUGAUCAAACACCAGCGGAUCCACACAGGAGAGAAGCCCUACCAGUGCAACGAGUGUGAGAAGACCUUCAGCCAGAGGUCCAACGUGAUCAGGCACCAGCGGACCCACACGGGAGAGAGGCACUACCAGUGCAAUGAGUGUGGGAAGAGCUUCAGCCAGAACUCGCAUCUCAUCGUCCAUCAGAGAAGCCACAAAGGAGAGAAACCAUUUCAUUGCCCCCGGUGUGAGAAAAGCUUCAGCGACCGCUCCUCCCUUAUCAUACACCGGAGGGUCCACACUGGAGAGAAGCCCCACAAGUGCCAGGUAUGCGGGAAACAUUUUCGAGACAGCUCAGCCAUCAUUCGGCAUCACAGGAUCCACACAGGAGAGAAACCCUACAAGUGCACCGAAUGUGGGAAAACCUUCCGCCAGAGCUCCUCGCUGGUGACCCACAUGCGGACGCAUACAGGCGAGAGACCCUACAAAUGCCCUGUGUGUGGGAAAAGCUUUAGCCAGAGCUCAGCACUCACCACGCAUCGCCGCAUCCACGGGGGAGAGGUGUUGCCCCUGUACCAUGGCAGCCUCUUGGCCAGCCCCUACCAAUGCGCUGAGUGCGGCAGGCGGUGCAGCGACCAACCCACUCUCAUCAAGCACCAGACCACGCAUGUGGAGGAGCGGCCCUACAUCUGCGUGGAGUGUGGGGACAGCUUCCGUCGGAGCUCAGCACUCAAUGUCCACUUGAGGAUCCACCGUGGGGAGAGACCCUACAAGUGUGAGGAAUGUGGGAAAACCUUCCGGCAUAGCUCAGCUUUGGGUGCACACUUGAGGAUUCAUGCGGGAUCCAAGCCCUAUGAGUGCGCUGAAUGUGGGAAAAGCUUCCGGAAAAGCUCGACGCUUAAAGUGCAUUUGAAAAUCCAUGUGGUCAAGAAGCCUUAUAAAUGUACCGUGGGUAGGAGGACUCUCUCUUCCUGUUCUCUUCUCCCAUAGGGUUGGUUGGAGCAGAAAAUGAGCAGAAUUUGGUUGUAUCUGAAGGCGUGUGAAAAACAUAGGUACUGAGAAUUACAGUGGCAAAAGGCUAAGGAGACACCGUAGCAGCUGUAGUGUCAGGGCUGGGUGCUUAACCCCAGUGGUAUGUUAAAUUAUGAGGUCAGGGAGCUCAUCCUAGGAACUGCGUACUGGCAGUUAAAAAGAGUACUGAGAGCUGAGGGGAGACCAAGUUCUGUGUAAUUUGGAGACUGUGAGUAUGUGGUAGAAUACAAGCAGAAGAAUUGGGCUUUUAAAAUAACUUUUCAACAAAGUGGAAGAUCAAAUUUAAAAGGUCCAAGUUGGCUCUCAUUCAGAACUCCAGCUCGUUAGGCACUGCAGUAGACUUAGAAACUCAUAUUUUCCAUUAAAUAUGGUGAGUUGACCCCGUAUUUGAGCAGGCACUUCCAAUUCCUUGAGUCCAAAACUGAGGAGCUGAACCUCAACACGUUCUGUUUUUCAAUCCUCUGUUCCAAAUCCUACAUGGGACGAUGAAUUCCUACCUCCAUACACAACAUCUGGGUGACAAAAUGGCCCAGUAAAGCGAAACUGACAGAGCUGUUCCCAGGCUUGGACGUGCAAGCAUAGCCAGUUGGAACACUGCCCAUCACCGGUGUUGGGCAGCUUUGUCCUCCUUGUUUUUUAACACCUUCCUGUUAGGGACAUCAACAAAACGUGGGCAAAACAGUGGCCUUACAUUGUUUAACCAAAAAAAAACAACAAGAAAAGGGUUCCCCCUAGAUGUGUGUGUGUUAUACUUAGCACGUAUGAUAGGUUCCUACUGGUAGGCAGGAGACUGUUUGCAAUUUUGUAGUCCUUUAGGUGAGAAAACUCUUCUUCAGCUCCCUGCUGUUUGUGCUUUAGUAAUGUGUAAAGCUCGGUGUUAAGUUAGGAAUUCGAGCUUUAGGUUAGGAAUUCCUAUAUUACACGUAGUG